UCAUGACUGGCUUUACAAGAUGGUCGUCCGACUCCUCGUUUACCCUUGAGUAUUCUUACUACGGCCAUGACAGCAUCUGCGUGAAAAGUCAAAGUCAAGCCAAGAUCUCUUUAGAUUUUUUAUGUCUCUUUAAACUCGCAAUGGAAUCGUACGAUGGAGGGUGUCGAGUAAAACGGGACGCGAUCAAGCCCACUACCACCGUUGAUAUACUUUUACGCUGACUGCAUGAUGGUCAACCUUUGCUGUCUCUGCUGCGGUGAAAUCCCUCGACCCCGCCCCCUUCAGUCGGGACCACCGCGGGAUCCCCGCCGCACAGUGCAGCUGCAGCCCGCCGGGACCACCACCACCACCAGCAACAGAGUUGCGAAUACUUUUACUGCACGCGCGUGCUCGAGAGGACAAGCCGACAAGAAGGAGUGAUCGUGCAUUUGCCGCCUGAAAUGCAAAAAGUGCAGGAUGCUCCCCUCCGAACUGGACUCCUCGGAAGACACCGAGGCCAACGCUCUCAAUGACGCCGAGGAAGAGGAGCAGGAGGCGGACUCUCCGGCUGCGAGUGAUGUGGAUGAGCAGCGUCCAGUCAAGCAGUCUUUGGGCGCCUGCAUAUGCCGCGAAUCUCACUGGCGCUGCCUGCUGCUCUCCGUGCUCAUGUACAGCUGCCUGGGCGCAGUCAGCUGGUGCCAACUGAGCCGCGUGACCAAGAUCAGCUUCAACUCGGCCCUCACCUCCGCCUUCACGGCCUCCUUCGCCUCGUCGCCGCUACGGGGGCCGCAUUCCGGAGGUCACUCCAUGAUCUACCACGACAGCCCUUGCUCGGACGGCUACAUCUACAUCCCCUUCGCCUUCCUCUUCAUGCUCUACGUGUUGUAUAUGGUUGAGUGCUGGCACUGCCGGGCCCGCAGCGAGCUCCAGUGCAAAGCGGACGUGGACAGCGUGUACGAACGCGUGGGGCGCAUGCGGCAGGCCCAGCCUUGCGUAUGGUGGAAGGCCAUCAGUUACCACUUUGUGCGGCGGACGCGGCAAGUCACCCGCUACCGCAACGGGGACGCCUACACCACCACGCAGGUGUACAACGAGAGGGUCAACACGCACGUGGCCGAGGGCGAGUUCGACUACGGCCGCUGCGGGAUGAAGGAUGUGUCGCGUGACCUAAGAGGGUUGGAGGAACAUCCGGCCACCCGCCUGCAGUUCACCAAGUGUUUCAGUUUCACCGAGGCCGGCCCAGAGAACGAUUACCUCAACCAGCGGGCCAGGUUCUUCUCGGAAAUCGAAGGUUUAGAUGAUUACAUGGAGGCCAGGGAGGGGAUGCAGCUGAAAAAUGUAGACUUCAGGGAUAACCUGAUCGCCUACGUGCACCCAGAUAAAAUGCCCUGGUACACCUCCCAGGUGGCCUUCUGGCUAGCUGCUCUCUUCAUGCUCUCCUGGCCCCUGAGGGUGCUCAUAGAGUACCGCACCGCAUAUGUGCACUAUCGCAUUGAGAAGCUGUUUGGGGCAGACUACACUUGCACUAGCGACUCCCCUCCGGAUGAAGAUCGGAACGUUAGUUGCGCCAUUCCCAGAGUUGACACGCUGGACAGCACAGAGCUGGAGUGGCACAUCCGGUGCAACCACCAGGUGAUUCCCAGUUACUCCGAAGCCAUGCUGAUCAACAUGAGUUCGGUCGACUCCAACUCCCUACACAACACCGAAUGCACCACGUCCUCCAACUGCCACCUCUUGGACCGCAGCCCCACCACUCAGAGCUACGGGGCCCUCCACUCUCAGUCGGGGCGGGAAUCCGGGCGCAGGAGGAUGAGGAGGAGGACCAUCACCAGCUCCAGCUGCUCUUCUCUCUUCUCCUGCCAGGGGGCGCGCUUUCGAUCCCGCCUGUCCUCGGCCACGUCCCGCUUCUCCCUGUGCCGGAUGUACGGGUCGCGCCGCACGGUGGCUCUGUGGAGGAGCCGCAGCAGCAACAUGACCGAUCCCUGCUGCAUGGACGAGCAGGGAGGGCGUUCGAACUCCAGCCAGCUGGCCCUCAGCGACAGUCCGCCCAAUUACAGCGACGCCAGGUUCUUCCCUGUGCUGAUAGUGCACGGACCCGACGGUUGCGGGAGCGAGGACGGCAGAGGGGGGCAGCAGCACUGCUACAUACGAAGGGGCUCGUCGUGUGUGGAGACAGCCCUGUAAUGUCGACACUUGAUUUAUGUAAAUGUAGAAACUGAGAAAAAUGCGCUUUCAAUAAAGGGGUCGCUCCAAAAUUGGAGGACAUUUUAGGCAACCUUUUUUUUAAUUUACCAUUUAUUUUUGCUAAUGUUCAUCUUUGCUCAAAAGAACAUACUAGCUGGGUUAGCUGCUCUGCUAACUGGUCGAGAGCAAACUUAUAACUGAUAAUAUGAGUACAAUGGUUGCAUUGGUUUGGGUGAAAUAAUCCAUUUCAACUGAAAAUAUUGAAAAAAAAAAAGUCAAAUUAGAAAAGAGGAUUUACCGUAUGUCUGCAAAGGGUUGGAAUCACUUUUACGACAGCUAUAUUUGCGUUCUGUUCCAGCUUAACUAUAAUUGACUAAACCGUUCAUGUUUCUGGAUUUUGUACAUGGAUUAUUUUGAAAUUUAUGAAUAGGACAGAAAAUGUCCCCCGAUUCUGAAAGACGCAAAUGUCACUGUAGUUGUGAGAUAUAAAAGUAUUUUCUUACCAAAAACUACAGCAUUUGGUCACUGGACAUAAACAUGUCAAAUAUGGAUGUGAAUAUUUAGUGUUUGGAUCACAAGUGGGUGAAGAGGACCCACAAGAAGGUCGCAAAAUCCCCUUUGGGUGGGUUGCGGACAGGUAGUAAUACAUUUAUAGCAUAAUAAUUCAGACUGAUGGAGAGUUUUACAGUUACUUUGGUCUGCACCUUUCAUUUCCUCAAAAGAAGACAAAAUAUUGCACUUUGUUUUAAAGAAGAAAUCAGUGCCAAAUAUAAAUGUUUGUACUUGUCGAUAUGGUCAUUUGUCUCUUAAUAAGGUGCUCUUUAAAUAUAGAAGCAUGAGUAGCUAUGUUUAAAAAUAUAUUUACGUAUGCUUUCAAAGGCUAUUUUUCAACACGUUCCUUAAUGCUCCUAAUUUUUGUAAGAGUGGGCCGCGAUUUAGCGACAAUCCAAAAAAAUGAUUUAACUAGCGGUGACAACAUUUGAGAACAAUGUUCUAAUUUAUUGAGAUGUACCAAAAGUAGACUACCGGUACAUUUUCGUGCGUGCGGAACAAUCAUGAACAGUUGACCAUUCAGUUGAAGUCAUUUUGACUUCAACACGCUUUUUUUUUUUUUUUUUUUUUUUUUUUUGUGGAAUCAUCUUCUGACGAUCUCUCCAGCUAUUUCCCCCUUUUUUUUUACAUCAAACAAAAUAAAGCAAAGACAUUUGUACAAUAAUAUACCUGACCGACACUGAAAAACUGCACCACUUAAGCACCUUAUUUUAUUUAUUCAUUCAUUUAUUUAUAUGUGACAGCAUUUUGAAGCAGAUGUCAUGCUGUGUGUGACCUAAAUGUAUGUAUGCGUGAGGACUAAUAACUUGGACUCUUCAUCUGAGUGAAACAAGAAAUGAGUUGCAUGAUGUUUCCAAAGGUCUCGCUUUGAAAUACUAAUAAAGCGAGAUUGGAGACAUGCUGGGUGGGGAACAUGAAGUGAAUGAUGAGUUGUAAACAAUAAAG